GGUCAGUGUUUUCGGGUUACCCAAUCUGAACUGCGAGUUCAUUGUUUUAGGAGUGAAGCGGGAAAUUACUGUAGAUUGGGAAAUACAUUUCACGCAACUACCCGAAACACUAUUGAGAAUUUUAACUGAAUUUUAAUGCGCGUCAAAGACGUUUAUAACGCAUGACCUUAGGCCAUGGGCCUUAAUCAUCGAAGUCUUCGAAAUAUUUGGAGAUUUGGCAUAUGCCUUUUCUUAGAUUCGAUCAGUUGUCACGGUAGACGAAACCCAACUGUGCUUGACCGACUGACUCCUUGAUCCACUUUCGCAACAAUUAAUAUUGGCUCAACUGACCAACCAAAAAUGAAACAUAGUUGAAAACGCACAAAGCAAAAGCAAAAGCAAUCAAUCGAUGAAUUUACACAGUGAUUCCUUUAUUUCUUGGUUUUGCUUUGUUCCGACAAGAAUUCGUGACAGGAGUAACCUACUUGUCAUCGUUUAUUAUCCAUGUUGCAUAAUCCCGUUACGUGCACGUGCACACCAGACAGAUUUUAGCCGAUAACCAAUCAGAUCAUUCCAUUUUCCAUCAAAAAAACUCCCGGAUAACAUACGAUCUAAUAAAAUAUGUAGAAUCUCCUGCUGCUGUCUUUCACGUGAAAGUACACAAGACGUUGUGUUUGUCGUGGAUUCCUACUCGAAGGGAUAAACGACAUUACAUUUACUAUCCUCGACUGUACUUAAUACUAUCGCUUCAAAAUGCGGUUACACGCUGAUGAUGAAAUUUCUUUUGCUGGUUAUCGCCACCUGAACGAUCUGAGACAUGAUUCCACUUGGAUUAUGUCGUGCGUUCUUUAUGCUCAUUCCGCGAUCUGUCUCGUCGUAGUGGUCGCCUUCGCAAGCUAUGGCCUUGUUUGGCCCGUAAGGAAUAAAUCAGAGACCCUUCUACACAGGACGACAAGGAAAGGUACGGUAACGACCAUCCGACAUCCAGCACGGUAAUGUACAAAUGUUCAAGUGAAUUUGCAUUCUGUCAUCACGACCGCUCGACCGUCGCGGCCAAACCGGUUUCAUCGGGUUUGUAACCAGUCGAAGCGGUACGUUUCCAGCCUUCUCCACCUUCAAUGGAGUGAAACGUCAUGUUCUUUGAUAAUCAUGGACUAUUUAGCUCGAUAUAUUUCCAACAUACAGUUGGGAUUGCCUCGCUGAAUCUUGUUUGACCAUUUUGCUUGCCAUUUUGCCUGCGGGAGUUGAAAAAUUAGGCGUCGACUAGAAAAUUACAUGUAAAUAAAGACUAGAUGAGAUAAGUGCAAGUGCGGUUGGCGUUAGGUUUUAGGACAGGAAUAAGGCUUGCACUUAAAUCCUUUUAUCACAGGAGAUCGCGAAUCUUUUGGCAAAUGUUUCGGGGUAAAGUCUUCGCCUAAAACGUCUGUGGGGGAAAAUGUGAAAUAAUAAUUCGCGUAUGUCGCGGUACGGUGGAGGUUGCGGAUUGGUGGUUUAAAAUUCCUUUCUCGAAUGCAGGCAACUCGCGUAAGUCAUAUGCCUCGCUAACAAAAUCGCUGUAUUUUCUUUGAAUAUUCCAGUAAUAUCUUCUUACAUGUAGAAAUAAAAGUGUGAAAUAAAGUUGUCCAAGUCCGUUGUAGGGCCCCAUUUAAACCAGCCUAUGUUGGCUGCAAUGGGUUAACCCUGACAAGAAUUCAAUAAAAGUCAUAAAACAGCCCUUGCGAAAAGUUUAAUGAUACCGUGUACCGUCUGGUGUUCUUUACUAGUUAAAGUUAUCUGAGUAAAACAGGUUUUCCUAGUAACGCGGCUUGGUAAUAUCACGCCUCUUUGUAGGGUACUACCACGCUUACAUGGGAGUUUAAUUUUGACACGAUCUAACAGAUUUAUUUAGUCGGAAAAGUUUUCACCAAAAAAACAACCAAACUGAAAGCACCUAGUAAGGAGAUUAUUGAUAAAAAAAAAUGUCAAUUUUCCAAAGGGCCGUAAAAUUACUUGGCGCGGCUUGGGUGGACUCUAUCACGUGAUAUACUGGAGAAGAAGAACUUUGAACUCGGUGUAAAACAAGUGAUACAUAAGUGUUCGUGCCAUAGCAUUUAGACAAAGAAAAUCUUCGUUCAGCGAUGUAAACAAGAGCUCUAUGAUUUUGAUUUCCGAGAUGCACAUUUUACCACGGAAAUUUUGGCAAUCUGCUAGGAAAAUCGAAGUUGACCUUUGACGUAGUUCCACUUAGCACGUGAUCGAGAAGUCGAACAAUUUUGACGAACCCUCCCUUCCCUAGAGACAAAUCAAAACAUCCCAGAAUUCAGUACAAGUCCUUGAUCCCCCACGAGGCAGCAUGGCGCAAUAGCUAUUGUCAGCUUUUUCGUUGUAAUGCCUCCUUUUGUUAGGUUAAUUCUUGGUUUGAAGAGGUCAGAGAGAAAACGUGAUUUCAUCUUUUUAUGAUGUAUAACAUAUUACGUGGAUCUGCGAAGUCGUUUUUGUACAAUUCCUACAUACGAUCUUCAGUGACGGUCGUGAAGUCCACGCGUGCUGUUACAACACGUUCUAGCUUACCUAUUCUGUACAGUAAAGUUUUUAUCCUUGAAUUCUAUCCUUGUCGUAGAUACCAUGCAAUGAAAGGGGCGAAGAGACUAGGAACUGCUGUACGAAGCUAUUUUGGAACUCUUCGUUGGUUUAGUAUUCCAGCGAGUGUUGGUUUCGCCUACGUGUGUUAUCAGCAAUUCUGGCACAUCAAGGAGAGAGAAAAACGAAAACUCGAGGCAGGCGAAUCCGUUGAACCAAGUCAAUGGCAGGUUGCAUUGUUCAAGAAGUUACCCACAAGAGUUUGUUCUCGCGCUUGGGGCAAAGUGUGUGAUGUUGACUUGCCAUUGUGGUUACGUAAACCAAUUCUUGGUUCAUUUUCAUGGUAUUUUGCUUGCAAUGUUGCUGAAGCAGUUGAAGAAGAACUUGUAAAUUAUCCAAGUCUUGGAGCAUUUUUUAGAAGGCAACUUAAACCUGAUGCCAGAAAGAUCUGUGAUGCCAGCUCUGUUGUGAGUCCAGCUGAUGGGACUGUGCUCCAUUUUGGUGAGGUGGAAAAUGACAUGGUUGAACAAGUCAAAGGAAUAACUUAUUCAAUGAAAACCUUCCUUGGACCAGAUCAACCAUCCAGUUCUACACUAAAGGAAUUAGCAUCAAAUAACAAUAAAAGCCUAUAUCACUGUGUAAUUUACCUGGGACCUGGUGACUAUCAUUCAUUUCAUUCACCUAGUGAAUGGAAUGUCAAACUCAGGAGACAUUUUCCAGGGGAUUUGUUUUCUGUGCACCCAGGAAUAGCUCAAAUGGUUGCUGGUUUGUUCAACCAUAAUGAACGUGUUGUUCUCAGUGGUUCCUGGAAACAUGGAUUUUUCAGUUUCACGGCUGUCGGAGCUUACAAUGUUGGAUCUAUUAACCUCAAGUUUGACAAGGAUUUGAAAACAAACUGUGCAGGAAGGUAUUCUCCAGGCUCAUUUCAUGAAUUAGAAUACCUUAACGAUAAACCUGAAGGAGUUCCUCUUGUUCGUGGUGAGAGAAUGGGAGCAUUUAACCUUGGAUCAACUAUUGUCUUGAUAUUUGAGGCGCCUAAAGACUUUGAAUUUCAUGUUCAAGCUGGACAGAAACUAAAAUAUGGUGAACCAGUAGGAUUAUCUAGAGAAGAAGCAGAAUAACAUAAUUUUUAAAUGUAAAUUAGAGUUUAUAGGUACAGUGUUCAAUAUAUAAAUUAGAGGUUCUCUUUAAGGGUAUUGAUGCAGUCUUCGAUAUUACAAUUUAAAGAAAAUUUUCUAUGGAAGUAUUUUGUGGUGAAAAUACUUCCUCUUCAAAGGUAUAAGAAUAUACAUGUACUACCAAAACCACAUUGACGUUGUUGAUAUUGUAACAGCUCAGAUUAGUUAAGAACUGUUGUGGACUGAAAUUAUAUAAAAAAAAUAUAUAUGGUGUUUUUGCCAUAGUUAAUAGAGGGUAAUGGUUAUGAAACUCAACAAAGUUCUUUAUUGUAUGUUUUUAUUCUCUUUUUUGCCUUGAAUGUGCACAAAGACAAUAGUUGUUUACUCUGUACUGAGGAACUAACCAAUAGAAACGUGUUGGUUACGUAAUUCGUGCAUAGUGUAUG